UCCAUGGUAGUGUGAGCCAAAGAGGUUCUGGAUUCGUGCGAGAUGCUGCCAUAGUCACGCUGCGCCCUGUAAAGACCAGAACCCUUCCGGAUCGCUAUUCUUAGAGAGCAUCAGAGCCGACUAAAACAACAGGCCAGGAAGCGAACCAACAUGGAUGCUGCGCGCUGUGGCCGUGCAGCUGAUGACUCCUGAUCAGAGAUUAUGCCCCCAGUAUCUUACUCGUAGUUUAUAAUCCUCGCUGCCGAAAAUUUACUGACUGAUGCGAUUGAUAGAGGGAGAAUAUAUAGAAAACAUCUCUCAGAUUGAUUAGACUCCCGUGAAAACCCGAAGAUAAAAUGAGAAAGGCUUCAAAUAUAGACCACCUGUGAGGCAUCAUGGCUGAGCAACAGAGGCAGCGUUCUCUGUCCACCGCUGGGGAGUCUCUCUAUCAUGUGCUUGGAGUUGACAAGGUGGCCACGUCUGAUGACAUCAAGAGGUCCUACAGGAAACUGGCGCUAAAGUUCCACCCUGACAAGAACCCGGACAAUCCAGAGGCAGCAGAUAAAUUCAAAGAGAUAAACAACGCCCAUGCUAUCCUGAAUGACCCCACAAAGCGUAAUAUUUAUGAUAAAUACGGCUCUCUGGGACUGUAUGUGGCUGAGCAGUUUGGGGAGGAGAAUGUUAAUACUUACUUUGUGCUUUCAAGCUGGUGGGCAAAGGCUCUGUUUGUAUUCUGUGGUCUGGCCACUGGAUGCUACUUCUGCUGCUGCCUGUGCUGCUGCUGUAACUGCUGCUGUGGACGAUGUAAACCCCGGCCUCGAGAGGGCCAGGAGCAGGACUUCUAUGUGUCCCCCGAGGACCUGGAGGCUCAGCUGCAGUCUGAUGAAAGAGAGGCUGCUGGUGAGCCCAUAGUGCUGCAGCCAUCGGCAACAGAGACAACCCAGCUAACAUCAGAUGGGCAUUACUCCUACCACACCGAUACCGGCUUCAACUAAUCCCUCCGCUCCCACCCGUCCCAGUCCAGGUUCCCGCCUGCUUCCCUGCUCCACCUCAGUGAGAUGAAAGAAAAAGGCAAAUUCAUCCUUCCAUGUGAGAAGAACAGCCAUGCAGAGGAGAGUGGACUUGUCAGCAUGGCCUUUUCAGAGGAACUAAUGAAGUCACAUCCCCUCCCAUCCUUCCCUGAUCGUACCUUUCCAAUGUGCAGGAAGGAAAGUGAAACAACUAAAACCUUUGGUUUCUUCUUUUGCACUUUAACCACACAGGUCCCCCACCCUGCUUCCCCCUCUCCUAUUGUUUGCAUCAUAGUGUAGCAUGCACUGUGUGAAAAAAAAGCAUUGUUCCUAUACUUUUUUUUACUCCUUGGCAACCGUUUUACUUAUUAACAAGACUCAUGACACAUGUGCAGAGAUGUUAAAAUGAGCACAGCUUACCAGAAGGAGGAGGUAGAGGGUGAUAGAUUUUUUUUAUGCAGGAGGAACAGGGAGCUCUGGCUCAUCAGGGAAGUGCUAGUAAGAAAUAUACAUAAAGAUUCAGGUGCUCAGUGCCAUCAUUAAACUUUAUAGAACUGAUAUAUCCCCAUAUUUGCACUUUUUUGAUUUGUGAUUGGUAUUUUUUUCAGCACAGAGCAAGCUUUGACAGUUAUUUCCUUUGUCUCUUCUAUGUUGCCCCUAAGUUGUUCAUAAAUA